GCUGAGGAGAGAGCGAGAGGGGAGGGGAGGCCGGGAGGCCGGUCCGCUCCCCCCCUCGCCAGUUCCCGCGCUUUUUUUCCUAUAUAGAUAACGCGAAUAUCAAAAAUAAAUGAGAUGCGAUCUGUAUAUACGUGGAACAAAUGUUACACGGCUCUUAUCUAAACCUACAUUGAUCUAUCUCUCCCUUUCCUCUGAAGCGCAAAGCGCAAAGCCCUCGGUUUAAUCCACGACGACCCCGCGAGGUAGGCUCGCCUGACAGGAGGCAGCCCCGUGAGCUUUAACGGCUGAGGGGGAAUUUCAUAUUUCCCUAAGAUUUAUAUUCACCGCUUCAUAGUAAAACAAAAAUCAGAAUAGAACACCUCAGAGCAAAAACGGGACCCGCGGACUUACUUAGUCCGACGAGCUGGGUGGCAGGGUAGCCCCGCACCCAGAUUUAGCCGUAACAGUUGGCAGCCCAACGUGGGGCUGGCGGUUCUCCCGCGUUGCUGACCGGGGCCCCCCGAAAUCUUCAGCUGGCACCGGGCCAUUUUGCCUGGGAAGAUCCUUUGGACCCCCGGCCAUCUUCCGGGCAGUAAUCGAAAGCCCCAGGAGUUCAGCCGGGGAGCAAAGAGGGAUCCAGCCGGCUUAUUCAUCGAUCCCGGGAUCAUCAUAGAAGACACGUGGGCAUUUCACAACUGGUGGGCAUUUCUCUUUGAGCUUACUGCAUGGGAUGGCAAGGGGUUUCCUGGCCCGGACGGUUACCGUGGUUUCUCUCACUGUGACUUUAACUGCUGUUGCUGCUAAGUCUUCUUCCUGCACUUACUUCUACCCACUAUUUCAAGCAGCCAGGAAUCUAGCCUACAGUCCAUCUUCAGAAAGUUGGUUUCACAGCAAGGCUGCUAAAAUGUCGAAUUGUAAAGAUGCAAGAGAAAAUUUGCAUAACAAAGCAAGGACCUCCCCAUAUCCAGGAUCAAACAUUGAGCGCAGCAGAGUUCCCAAUGAUAAGGUGGAUUGGUCAACUGAAUGGGAGGAUUACAGCCCUGUGGAAUAUACAGCACAAUCUGUUUUGGCAGGACCUAAAUGGGCAGAUCCAGAAAUUGGGGUGAAAAACUUUUCUCCAAAGUUCAACGAGAAGGAUGGGCAAGUGGAGAGGAGGAGCCAGAAUGGUUUCUAUCACGUGGAAGAUGGGAGGCCCAGGAAUCCUGUAGGCAGGACAGGAGUAGUGGGCCGAGGUCUCUUGGGGCGUUGGGGACCAAAUCAUGCUGCAGAUCCCCUUGUAACUAAGUGGAAGAGAGACGGCAGUGGCAAUAAAGUAGCUCACCCAGCGUCUGGCAAAAGUAUCUUGCAGUUCAUUGCAAUCAAAAGGAAGGACUGCGGGGAAUGGGCCAUUCCAGGGGGCAUGGUAGACCCAGGGGAAAAAUUGUCGGCUGCACUAAAGAGAGAAUUUAGUGAGGAGGCCUUGAACUCCUUACAGAAAACUGAGGCUGAGAAGGAAGAGAUGGAGAAACAACUGAACAGGCUGUUCAGUCAAGAUUACUUUGUGGUAUACAAAGGGUAUGUGGAUGAUCCUCGUAACACAGACAAUGCUUGGAUGGAGACAGAAGCCGUAAACUACCAUGAUGAAACUGGUGAAGUAAUGGAGAACUUACACUUGGAAGCAGGAGACGAUGCUGGGAAAGUGAAAUGGGUUGACAUUGGAGAAAAGCUGAAACUCUAUGCCAGUCAUGCUGACUUUGUCAAGCUCGUAGCAGAGAAAAGAGGAGCACACUGGAGGGAAGAUCAUAACCUGGUUUGCCAUGAUGGGGCUGAGAUCAAGGCCUAAACUAAAGCCUAAACAUGGCUGAUAGAAGUUUAGGGAUGGAAUGAGGUGUUAAUACUGCUUUGAAAAAUGAGAUUGCUGAUGUAUGGAUGGAGAACCUGUAGCCCUUCAGAUUUGUUGGACUCCAGUUCCCAUCUGCCCCAUCCACCAUGUGCCAAUGGGCAGGGCUGAUAGGAGUUGUAAUCCAACGGCAUCUGGUGUUCCACAGCUUCCUCAUCCUUGUCUUAAAGCCACAAAGGAUGGGCAGCAAAGCUAAAUCCCCAUUAAAUUUUCCAAGGAAAUAAAAUCAGUGUGACUUCUAAAUGUCUAGCUUUGGCUGCACGGUGCCCUCUCUUUUUAUCAAGAAAUAUUUCUAAGGUAGUCGAGAAGACAUUCUGCAUCCAUUAUACGUAAAUAGAAACAUGUAUAAGGGUGUGGUUUUUGUUGAUCAACAGGAGUGUUGAGAGGUAUUUUACAAUUAUAAAAAUUAACAGCUGCAAUCUGUUUUACUUCCUGACAUUGAUCUAAUGUUAUGGAAAUAACCCUUUAGUGUCUGCACUUAAUAUUUAUUGCCAUAAUCAGGAAGCAAUUUAGGUUGCGUUCCUAUGCAUUUAAUCUGGAAAUAAACCCCAUUGAACCCAGAGGGACUUGCUUCUGAGUAAACCAUGCACAGAGUUGCAUUGUGUAUCUUUAAAUCAUAAUCUGAAUUAACUCUUGUUCAUCAUACAAAAUAAGCCACCGUACUAUUGUUGUUUUUACCACAAUAGAGAAGGGAAAAGAGAUCUUUGGUAUAAUCGCAAAGAAAAUGUAAUAUAGGAUUUGACCCAGGAGCCUAUGGUUGAGGAAACAGAGGGCAACACAAACAUGUUUUAAAAUAUUUACUUGGCUGAAUGAAACACACCUCUAGGCUUAGCUCAUAUUGGAAUGAAACACUCCAGUAAGUUUAUUUUAUAUUGCCAUUUCCAAUUUUUUAAAAAAGUGGGAUCCAAAGAGCUCUUUUAAUUAUUCUCGUUUUCUGUACUGGCUGAGCUAUCACUGUUUUGGCCACUGGAGAAUAUUCUGAUAUACAGGAACUGGAUGUUUUAGUGUUUGAACAGAAGCUCUCUGGACUCCAGUCACAGAAUAUUCUUGUUUGAAACCACCAGCAGUUUAGAAACCUGCUUUCAAGCGCUUAACCUUUCCACCACCAAAGUGAUUGUAAACUACCUUGGACCACUCUGAAGAAUAGCUUCGCCUCCGAGCCACUAUUGGAGUGUCUUCAUGCCAUGGCCUGCCUAAAGGCCGUUAUACUUUGGAACCAUCCCCGUAAUGAGAAAGUCUUAUCAACAAAUCAAUAACGCUAACCUUUUAUGCCAGCCAGCUUCUCAUUGGUUAUAUAUUAGCGCCUAGUUUUCUCUUAUGAACCUUUGGCUAAAGUUUGGGAUGGCUGUUCAUUAUGUACCCUUCUAUUUGUUAUGUGAAGCUGCCAAUAUUUUCUGAAACACAUAGCGAAGCGAUUUUAUUCUUUGACUUCUGAAUAAAUUGCACAGCAGCCACAGUUUCUGGCAUGCCUUGCCUUCUGCCUAUGUUAUCUGUUUUUGCUUUGCUCCGACAGGCCCCAAAACACCAUUGCCCAGCAAUUGUUCUUCCAUCCUGGAGUCCAGACACUGGACAAAUGGGAGGGCAGAAUGCUGGAAUACAAUAUUACUAAAGCCAGCAGCAAAACUGGAUACCUUCAUCUGCCCCAGCUGCAACAAAACAUGUAUUUACCACAUUGGUCUCUACAGCUACUGUAGGUGCUGCAACCGUCCAACAGCUUGACCUCAUCCCCAAAGGCACACUGCUCCGUUGGCUCCUGAGAUAGACUGAUGCCAACAAAAGCCUGCCAUUGUAAGGAGAAUGUAUGCUUAUCAUCCUGGGAGCUGGUAUUUAAUCUUUUUGAAUGUGUUAUGACCUCCAUUUAUUCCAGAAGAAAAAUUAACACAGUAUCAAAUGUUUGGGAAAUGUUGAUAUAAUAAAACCAUCCAACUCACACUUUA